GCAGUGUUGGCCACGCAGUGGUUUCAGCUCCUCAGCGAUGCCUCCACGGACCAGUCGGCCACCAUCGCCCAGCACCGCACUUUGGCCACUCUCUUGGAGAGGGGCGACACACGUGUCCUUUGCGAUAUUCAGGGGCGGAAGGUGGUGGCAUGGGCCCCGGGGGACACCGACGCACUCCAGAGGAUACUCACUGGCCUGCUGCGGGAGCCCGACCCAGCACUUCGACCUCAAAGCCUCUCGCUCUUGGCCCCGAUCCCUCACUUUCCUGGGGUUGACUCCCACGCCAAGCUGUUCGACCUGUGGUGGCACCUUCUUCUUGGGGAAAUGUCUUUGUACGUCUCCUUGGUCCGAUCGGUGGACAUCGUCUUGCAGCCUGUGGAAUACAUCCUCCUUGGCCGUACUGGUCCUCGGCAUGUCCGGCAGGGCCUCGUGAGCUUCGCCGUCGCCACAUCCGGCGGCCGCUCCCCUCCGGCUAUCGUCUUCCCGCUGACCCUGUGGGUCGGCUUCCCCGCCGAGCGCCUGCCGACCUUCAUGCACAAGAUGCGCAGUCCUGAUGUGAGCGACCACGCAGUCCCCUUACGCUGCCGCCAUACAUCCAGGAGUCCAGGAAACAUUCCGGAGUGCCGGCGCGUGUUGAUGGAGAUCUUGCUCCCUGGCUCGCUCUCCGAGGCGGGCUCCAUGCUCGUCGCGCGCUUCUUGCGGAGACGUGUGCUGGCCGCCGAUAUGUACGUCGCCCAUAGGGAUCUGUACGCCUCACCAGACGCCCUCAUCAUGGAGUGCAACAGCCCACUGGCAUUGGGCAAGGCCUGGGCACUCUGCUUGCAGGCAGUUUUCCUCUCCACGGACCGGGUGCUGCUCUCCACGUCCGCUUCCGCUGAGUCGUGGACUGCGUUGCUCGACCAGGCCCUCAAGGACGAUGAGGACCACGCUAUCACGAAGAUCGAGUGGAAGGCCAGCAGCCGGAACUCGCCCUCAUUGGACAACAUCGCGGAGGUCCGCGUGACUGGAGAGACCGGGGACUCAGGCAGCGUGGUUAUCGACGAGCUUCUUGCUCAC